GCGGCUGCUGGUUGGAGUGCUGGCUGUGUCUCCUGUCACUCCCAGCUAAAGCUUCUUCAAUGAAUUGUGCCGACUGUAGUUUCUCCUCCUUAGCUGACUACCAGUCGCGGAAUUAAACGGGCUGAAUGUUCUUCCUGUGAUUCAACCAGGAAACUGGAUCGUCUUCCUGGCUAACAAACCUGCACGUUACCGCCUGGACUGUGUGGGAAGCACCAUGUGGAGGAAGGCUUCGGCGGCGCUCCUGCUGGCUUUGGCCGUCGGGUACUUCUACGGCGGCAGGCCGGAGCUCCCGGAGCAGAUCCUCCAGUACAUCGGCCUGCCCAACCUUCAGACGCCGUCGCGGAGCAACGAGGGCCUAGAGCGGGCUAUCUCUGCUGCUUGGGAGGCUCUGAUCGCCUUGCCGAGCAGGCAGUGGAGCAAGGUGGCAGUGGGAGUGAACGCCUGCGUCGACGUGGUCGUCAGCGGCGUGGGGUUGCUGCAAGCUCUGGCUGUGGAUCCCGGCGUCGGCCGGGAUCACGAAGUCCUGCGCUCGAAGGAUGACCUGAGGGAAACCUUCAUCCACUACAUGGAGCGCGGAGCAGCGGCAGAGCGAUUCUUCAGCGAUGAGGAAGUGUUUCAGAGAAUCGCUCGCGCAGCAGCAGAGUACCCCGGUGCCAAGCUGUACGUUGGAGGAAAUGCUGCCCUCAUUGGUCAGAAAUUUGCCACCUACCCAGAUCUGAUGGUUUUGUUGUGCGGUCCGGUCGGGCCUAAACUCCACGAGAUGCUGGAUGAGCAGAUCGUCGUUCCUCCAGAGUCUCUUCAGGAGACGGAUGAGUUUCACCUCAUCCUGGAGUACAAAGCAGGUGAACAGUGGGGCUCCACUCGGGCGCCACAAGCAAACCGCUUCAUCUUCUCUCACGAUGUGUCAAACGGGGGGAUGAGCUCCCUGGAGACCUUCGUGGCGAGCCUGGAGGAGUUCCAGCCGGAGCUGGUCGUCCUGUCAGGGUUCCACAUGAUGGAGGGCCAGGGCCGGGAGCUGUGGGGGGAGCGACUGAAAGAGGCUGUAGCAGCCAUAGCUGAUAUCCCAAGGGGCAUUCCCAUCCACCUGGAGCUGGCCAGCAUGACCGACAAAGACUUCAUGAGCCGGAUCAUGCAGGAGCAGGUCUUGCCCAUCGUCAGCUCCAUUGGACUGAACGAGCAGGAGCUGCUCUUCCUGUCGCAGGCCGGUGACGGCCCGCACGCCACUCUGCCCGCGUGGAAGGGCGUCCCCGAAGUGGGACGGGUCAGCGACAUCCUCUCCUGGGUCCUGGAGUGGCACGGCCGCAUCGAUCCGUCGUCGGAGUCCGACCUCACCCGCAUCCACUUCCACACUCUGGCCUAUCACAUUUUAGCCACAGUGGACGGCUACUGGGGGAACCAGGCGGCGGCAGUGAUGGCGGGAGCCCGGGUGGCCAGCAGCCAGGCCUGCGGCCUUCAGACCGUGGACGUCAGCAAGGUGGAGCUCAAGGCGCCGCUAGAGUUCCUCACCUCUCACUUUGAGCCGCGGGAGCGGCUGUCGCUGAAGCCGGAGGAGCCCGUCGCUGUGUGGCGGCGAGGGAACAUCACCUUCCACCUGACGCCUGUGCUGGUCUGCAAGAGACCCCUCCGGACAGUGGGGCUGGGGGACGCCAUCUCUGCGGAGGGACUAGUUUACUCCGAAUUAACGAGCCAGCAUCCGUUUUAGAGGCUCCACCACGCUAAUGCUAACGGGAGGAGCUAAACAAAACUGGGAAACUCUCUCGCCUCUGAGCCAGAUUAGUGUCCCGAUUCACGUUCCUUCCUUUUGCCCCAAAGAUCUGUUCUGUUUAAUUGAUCAGUGUGAAAUCCUGCCUGAUGAUGAUGAUGAUGAUGAUGAUGAUGAUGAUGAUGAUGAUGAUGAUGUCCCGACCUUCUUAAAGAAGCAGGCAGGCAGAACUGGAUCUUGAUGAGCCGCCACGCAGCCGGACUCGACGCACUGUGCACAGCUCCAAGCCAUCUCCCCAAACUCCAAAGAGUUUAACCUUCACAGCUAUGUUUUCUUUAACCUGCAUAUCUUUUAGUAUGCCGUGCCUUCAAUAUUAUGAAAUCCUUUAUUCAUAUUUUAUAGGAAAAUGGUAUGAAACUUUAGAUUAGCGUUGCCCUUUGACAGAGGUACUGCGUAAACUUGAAACUUUGUGGUGGAAAUCCAAUUGAGAAAUCCUUCUGGGUGCGUUCACAUCUAACGUUUACUUGAACGUUCGUCUUAUUCUGGUCAUCAACCAUUUCUGAGUGCUUGACUUCAACCAGUCUGACCAGCGAGAUCGUUUUUUCUAAUGGUGAGAUUACAACAGGGUUCCUUCACCGUCAGCAAAAUUUUAAAAGCAUAUAAAAGUUGCUCAUUUUCAAAGUAGAUAGUAAGGGAACAUUUUUGCUUCCAUGGUUUAUUCCUUUAUUACAGCUAAAGUAUGCAACAUUUAUUUAAAAAAAAAAAAGUUUUACAUAUUUGUUAAAACUGUCACCAUGUGGUGACACUGAUAUGAGAUGGAUAAUCUGUGGAAAAAAUUGAUCUCCUGCCUGAGCUUUUAUUGUGAUCUGAAGAAAUGCACGACUCCCUUUCAAAAACAACCAAUCAGAGCCAGGAGGAGGGUCUGAGCGCUGUUAAUCAAGUCUAUGUAUUUGCUGAAUAUUCACUAAAUGGUAUAGAAACAACUUACAGUUACAGAAAAACCACUUAUCUGCUGUCAUAGCAGGCUAGCUGCGGCCUAGUGGAUCAUGUGGUAAUGAGCACAAGGAGGAUGAUUGACAUCACUAAGACCCGCCUCCUGGCUCUGAUUAGUUUCUGAUUAGCACUAGAAGCACACAAAGGACUUUGACAGUUUAAACAAAUGUGUAAUAUAUAUAUAUAUAUAUAUAAAUGUUUUUAAUUAAAGUUACAUACUGCAGCUUUAACUAGAUAAUGAAGAAAAAAAAUCAAAAAGAGGCAUUAAAAAAAUUUUUUUUCAAUUUGUGUUAAGAUUAGGAUUUUACAUUCUCGAUCUUACGGAUUUUGAAAUGUUUCAAAGUGGUGAAGUAAUCCUUUUCUUCUUUAUCAACAUGUUCAGCAUUGUGCUGUGUCGUGCUUUUAUUUGCCAUGGGUAAUCCUAUUCAAUUUGUGGGUGAAUCUUAAGAAUUGUGUGGAGUUUUGAACUGGAAAACGGGUAGGAAUCCUGUUUUUUCUGUGUUGUCAUUGUUUUACCAAAUCACUUCCUCUAUAGCAAAAACAUCUGAGCUUUAUGGCUCAAUAGCAGUCUUUUUUUUUUUCUUCCUCUUUAUUUUUAUUAAGCUAAAUAGUACACGAGCAUAGCCAGAAAACAGCUAUUUCAAAUGUUUUUCUGAAGCGGGUUCUUCUUUCUUGGCCUAAAUAUCAGUCUAUAUGCCAAUGCCAGCUAAUUAACGUGAAGAUUCCCUUAUGGAUAUUGGAUAUUAAGAUGGCAUGGAUUAACAAGUCACGACUGUGAUCAGAUACUUUGUGGUGUUGUCCUUUUCGUUCUGUGUGUUCCCUUUUUUGAUGACACAGUUAUGUAACAUGAUUUAUGAAAAAAAAAUGCUGUUCUUACUCAAGAAGACUCAUGUUAGGCAUACACAACACUCCAUUUGUUUACCUCAGACUGCCUCCGAAGGCAUGCAAUAAUCAUAGUCUUAAUGCAAACCUGUCAUGAAAACGUUCACGCAGCGUUUUAGUUCAGAAAAGGGGAUUCUUUGCACUAGUGAAGGUAGGUGGCAGGAGAGCCUGCGGAGGUGAAUGUAACCUUAACCUCCCAUUUUUUAAUUAUUAUUAUUAGGUGUAUUUUUGCAAACACAAUCCUUACUUAUUUUGUUGUCAGUGUCAUGUUUAAUUCCCUUGUAGGUUGUCAUUAAAAUGUGGAUGGAGGGAAAUGGGUGGUUUGGGUUGCUUUUUAUUUUAUUUUUUUAAGAGCUUGAUCUGGGUUCGUUUUAUGUUUUUGUUUAUUUUUAAAUGAUUAGGAUCUAUUGUAACUAUGGAGUUAUGUUUUAAAUAAACCAGUGGUUUUUUUCACAUUUCGUUAA